GUGAACCUCACGGAAAGCAAGGAUCAUCAACAACUCGUACUACUACGCCUGAACCACACGUUACUGGAAUGAUCAGAUCUAUAGCGUUUCUUUUUCUCAUACACCUGGCAUUGGUGUUAUGUGAGGAAGGCAACCCCUGCUGUUCGCAACCUUGCCAGAACCGGGGAGUAUGCACAGCAUUAGCCAGCGGUGCCUAUGAGUGUGACUGUACCAGGACAGGUUACUACGGACAUAAUUGCACAACACCCGAGUACUCCACCUGGUUGAAAAAGACUCUGAAGCCGUCCCCAAACACGGUCCACUACAUCCUCACUCAUUUCAAAGGACUAUGGGCUAUCAUCAACAAAAUCUCUUUCUUGCGGGAUGGCAUCAUGCGUUAUGUUCUAACAUCCCGGUCACAUUUGAUUGAAAGUCCUCCAACCUUCAACUCAGAGUAUGAUUACAAAAACUGGGAGGCUUAUUCCAACCUUAGUUAUUACACACGCACCCUACCGCCAGUACCACGGGAUUGCCCAACACCCAUGGGAGUUGUGGGCAAAAAGGAGCUGCCCGACGCUAAACAGUUGGCGGAGAAACUGCUGCUGAGGAGGAACUUCAUCCCCGACCCACAGCGCUCCAGCCUUAUGUUCGCCUUCUUCGCCCAGCACUUCACGCACCAGUUCUUCAAGAGCGACAUGAAAAAAGGGCCCGCGUUCACGCGCGCCCUCAACCAUGGGGUGGACUUGGGCCACAUCUACGGGGAAGACCUGGCGAGGCAGCACAAGCUCCGGCUGUUUAAGGGUGGAAAGCUGAGGUAUCAGGUGGUGAACGGUGAGGUGUACCCUCCCCUGGUCAGCGAGGUCGGCGCGGAGAUGCACUACCCACCCCACGUGCCCGAGUCUAUGCGCCUGGCUGUGGGCCACGAGGCCUUCGGCCUGGUGCCCGGGCUGAUGCUGUACGCCACCAUCUGGCUGCGCGAGCACAACCGCGUCUGUGAGGUGCUGCAGGAGGUGCACCCCGACUGGGACGACGAGAGACUCUUCCAGACCACGCGUCUCAUUCUCAUUGGCGAGACCAUCAAGAUUGUGAUCGAGGACUACGUGCAGCACCUGAGCGGCUACCACUUCAAGCUCAAGUUCGACCCGGAGCUGCUCUUCAACCAGCAGUUCCAGUACCAGAACCGCAUCGCGUCCGAGUUCAACACCCUCUACCACUGGCACCCGCUCAUGCCCGAGGACUUCCACAUCGAGGAGGAGGUCUACUCCUACAAGCAGUUUGUCUUCAACACCUCCAUCCUCCUCGACCACGGCGUCAACCACCUGGUCGACUCCUUCACCCACCAGAUCGCGGGCAGAGUGGCUGGAGGCAGAAAUGUACCUGCCGCUGUGUUGAUGGUGGCCAUCAAAUCCAUUGAGAACAGCCGUCAGAUGCGCUACCAGUCCCUCAAUGCCUACAGGAAGCGUUUCAACAUGAAAGCCUAUACCUCCUUUGAAGAUCUUACAGGUGAAACAGAGAUGGCUGCCGAGCUGAGAGAGAUGUACGGCCAUGUGGACGCUGUGGAGCUCUACUCGGGCCUGCUGGUGGAGAAGCCCCGGGCCAACGCCAUCUUCGGGGAGACCAUGGUGGAGAUGGGGGCCCCCUACUCGCUGAAGGGCCUCAUGGGAAACCCUAUCUGCUCUCCGGAGUACUGGAAGCCAAGCACGUUUGGCGGCCAGGUGGGCUUCGGGAUCGUCAACAGCGCUUCGCUGCAGCGGCUGGUGUGUAACAACGUCAAAGGGCCCUGCCCGCUGGCGUCCUUCAACGUGCCUGAUGUGAAAGAUGCUGGUUCGGCCACCAUCAAUUCCAGCACUGCAAAUGCAGCCGCCAGUGAUGUCAACCCAACUGUCAUUAUCAAAGAGAGAACGUCUGAGCUCUGAGAAAAAGGCUGAAUACCUGGAAACUACUGGACGUGUUUUUUGUUAUUAUUUAUUUAAUAUUUAUUGAUUUCUAUUUAUUGUUUAUUUAUUCAUUCAUUCAACUGUCAUAACUGGGACUGUGUGUGUGUGUGUGUGUGUGUGUGUGUGUGUGUAUGUGUGUGUGUGUGUGUGUGUGUGUGUGUGUGUGUGUGUGCGUCCGUGCACGCGUGUGUGUGAUUUGUUCUGACAUAAUAACUGUACUUAAAUUCUAAAACUAUAUUUAUAUAAUUUAAAGUGUUGUUAUAUGUUGUUUUGUCCCGUUUAGAAGCACUGUUCUUUAUGUUAUGUUGUCUGUAAACCUCAUUGGUCGUUAAUUAAUGCAUACUUGAAUCUAAAUUCUUAGUUUACGGUACAAUGACUUCAACAAUGCCUUCACAGUGCAUUUCACUUCACUUGUUUUCUACUUUAUUUUUUAUUGAAAUUCAGAAUGUAGAGUUAUAAGAAUUAAGUUAUACUGUACUGUUUUGGAUAAAAAGUGACUGCUAAAUGAAUAAAUGUAAACAUAUUUUUGUAAAGUUUGUACAUAAUCAUUCUAAUGCAGUCAUAGUAAAUAGUAAAUGUAAAUGCUACUGUUUUUAAGCUUUACUUGAAUAUUGUGAGAAUUUGUUUUUGAAAUGUAUUAUUUAAUAAUAAUAAUAAUAAUAAUAA